AUGUCGAUUUAUCAGAAAAUUGCUGAUAUUGAGGCUGAGAUGGCCAGGACCCAGAAGAACAAAGCCACUAACUUUCACUUGGGUUUACUUAAGGCUAAACUUUCAAAACUCAGGGCUCAACUCAUUGAAGGUGGAGGUAGUAAGGGUGGAGGUGCUGGUGAGGGGUUUGACGUUUCCAAGACCGGUGACGCUAGGGUUGGGCUGGUUGGAUUUCCCUCAGUUGGGAAAUCAACUUUGCUGAACAAGUUGACUGGUACCUUUUCUGAGGUUGCUGACUACGAAUUUACAACCCUCACCUGUGUCCCUGGUGUGAUUAAAUAUAAGGGAUCAAAGAUACAGUUACUAGAUCUUCCCGGUAUUAUAGAGGGAGCUAAGGACGGAAAGGGUAGAGGUAAACAGGUGAUAGCAGUUGCAAGAACCUGUACACUGAUUUUGGUUGUUUUAGAUGCCGCAAAGUCUAUGCAUCAUAAAAAACUACUUGAAAAGGAAAUGGAAGGUUUUGGAAUUAGACUUAACAAAUCACCUCCAAAUAUUACCUUCACAAGAAAAGAUAAAGGAGGGGUAUCAAUAACACAUACCGUACCUUUAACAAAUAUUGAUGAGGAGAUGAUAAAAUCGAUUUGUCAUGAGUAUCGCAUUAGUAACGCCUCGUUUGUAAUUCGCUGUGAUCCGACAGUUGAUGACAUAAUUGAUGUGAUUGAGGGGAACCGGAUCUACAUUCCCUGCCUCUACGUUAUGAACAAGAUUGACCAGAUUACAAUACCAGAACUUGAUAUUCUCUCUCAAGUCCCUCACUACGUUCCAAUUUCAGCACACCAUGAGUGGAAUUUGGACUCUCUUUUGGAGUCAAUUUGGAAGUAUUUGGACCUGAUAAGGAUAUACACAAAGCCAAGAGGAAAAAUUCCAGACUAUGAAGCGCCAGUCAUACUUAAGCGGAACCACUCAAGGGUCGAGGAUUUCUGCCUCAGAAUACAUAAAUCGCUCCUUACACAGUUCAAAUACGCGCUGGUUUGGGGCAAAUCAGCCAAACAUAACCCUCAAAAGGUGGGAAAGGACCACUUUCUGGCCGAUCAGGACAUUGUACAAAUUGUUAAGAAAUAG